UAAUUGGGCCUUUGUGAUGAAACCGUAUAGGCCGGAGUAGGGAUUCCGCGGGGUACCAAGUAUAAAAAGCCCGCGACAGGGUUUGUGACGCGUGUUCUUCCCGGUAGCGUAAACAGGAGAGAAUCUAAGAGAUCGCCAUGGGAAGGAGGCCUGCAAGGUGCUAUAGGCAGAUUAAGAACAAGCCAUACCCGAAAUCGCGGUUCUGUCGCGGUGUCCCUGAUCCCAAGAUCAGAAUUUAUGAUGUUGGAAUGAAGAAGAGGGGUGUUGAUGAGUUCCCCUUCUGCGUCCAUCUUGUGAGUUGGGAGAAGGAGAAUGUCUCGAGCGAGGCGCUUGAGGCAGCUCGCAUCGCCUGCAACAAGUACAUGACGAAAUCUGCUGGGAAGGAUACUUUCCAUUUGAGAGUGAGGGUGCAUCCGUUCCAUGUGCUGCGCAUCAACAAGAUGCUUUCAUGCGCUGGGGCUGAUAGGCUCCAGACCGGAAUGAGAGGUGCGUUUGGCAAGCCACUGGGAACAUGUGCUCGAGUUGCUAUCGGGCAGGUCCUCUUGUCUGUUCGCUGCAGGGAUAGCAACGGUCAACAUGCACAGGAGGCCCUCCGCCGUGCAAAGUUCAAGUUUCCGGGCCGCCAAAAGAUUAUUGUCAGCAGAAAGUGGGGUUUCACCAAGUUCAGUCGUGCUGAUUACGUGAAGUACAAGAACGAAGGCAGAAUCCAGCCAGAUGGUGUUAAUGCUAAGCUUCUCGGCUGCCAUGGUCCUCUGGCUAAUCGUCCAUCGGAAAGAGCUUUCCUUUCUGGACCCGCCUCGUCGACUGCUUGAAAUAUGAUACUGCUUAUAUAGUAGCAUUUAUUUAGAACUCAUGACGAGUCUAUCUUUCUGGGGUUCGUCUAGUUCGAAUAAAACGAAUAUGGUGAGUGGUAUCUGCGAUGUGUGAAGGCGUGUUAGACUUAUCAUAACUUGGGAUCCAAGACUCUUCUCCUCUUGUGUACAAUAGCCUAAACAGUUGUAAUUGCUAUAUCUUGAGAUCAUUACCGUAUAUAGUUUGGUCAGAGAACCAAGCAAUUGGUUUU